AUGGGCCGUCGCAGGUAUAAUAUCGCCAUGGUGAGCGACUUCUUCUUCCCCCAACCCGGGGGCGUCGAGGCGCACAUCUACCAGGUCUCAAGCAAGCUCAUUGAUCGCGGGCACAAGGUCAUCAUCAUCACGCACGCGUACGGCAACCGCACAGGCGUCCGCUACCUCACCAACGGCCUCAAAGUGUACUAUGUGCCCUUCUUCAUCAUCUACCGUGAAGCGACCUUUCCCACCGUCUUCUCCUUCUUUCCCAUAUUCCGUAACAUUUGCAUCCGCGAACAGAUUGAGAUUGUCCACGGCCACGGCAGUCUGAGCAGCAUGUGCAACGAGGCAAUUCUGCAUGCCCGGACCAUGGGCCUGCGCACCGUUUUUACAGACCACUCGCUGUUUGGCUUUGCCGACGCUGCGAGCAUUCUCACCAACAAGCUUCUCAAGUUCUUCUUGAGUGAUGUCGACCACAGUAUAUGCGUCAGCCACACAUGCAAAGAAAACACGGUAUUGAGAGCGUCAUUAGAUCCUCUCAUGGUCUCCGUCAUUCCCAACGCCGUAGUCGCAGAAAACUUUCGCCCACGCGACUAUCCAGUUCACGGAGACCCCAGCAGCGCCUUUGGCCCCGAGCGCAGCCCCACGCGCUUUGGUCCCAACGACAUGAUUACCAUUGUCGUCAUCUCGCGGCUAUUCUACAACAAGGGCACCGACCUGCUCACCGCCGCCAUUCCGCGCAUCCUGGAAAACCACCCCAACACGCGCUUCAUCAUUGCCGGCUCAGGUCCCAAGGCCAUUGACCUUGAGCAGAUGAUUGAGAACAAUGUACUCCAGGACCGCGUCGAGAUGCUUGGCCCCGUCCGCCACGAAGAGGUGCGCGACGUCAUGGUCCGCGGCCACAUCUAUCUGCACCCGUCCCUCACUGAAGCCUUUGGCACCGUCAUCGUCGAGGCCGCCAGCUGCGGCCUAUACGUCGUCUGCACGCAGGUCGGUGGCAUCCCCGAGGUGCUGCCUUCGCACAUGACUACCUUUGCCAAGCCCGAGGAGGACGACCUUGUCCUCGCCACGGGCAAGGCCAUCACCGCCGUUCGCGCCGGCAAGGUCCGCACCGACCGCUUCCACGACGAGGUCAAGAAGAUGUACUCGUGGGACAAUGUCGCCCAGCGCACCGAGCGCGUCUACGACGGCGUCACCGGCACCAUCCCCGAGGAGGUCUUUUACGGCUUCGACACGGGCGGUUAUAACGGCUCCCGCGUCCGCAACUUUGCCCUCGUCGACCGCCUCAAGCGCUACUACGGCUGCGGCAUAUGGGCCGGCAAGCUCUUUUGCCUUUGCGCCGUCGUCGACUACCUCUUCUUUCUCGUUCUAGAAGUACUCCUCCCCCGCGAGAAUAUAGACACGUGCCCCGACUGGCCGCGCAAGCUCGCCAAGGACCGCCAGAGCAAGUCGAGAAACCAGUCCGCCUCCUCACAAGGCGGUGCAAAGCCGACUUGA